UAUACGGCUGAUAUUUCCUUUCCUAUUAAAAUAUUUUUUAUUUUAAUAAGACUCUCUCUCUUUAUCUACUUAGUUUUAAGUUAUUGCUUGUAACGUCAGUUUUUGGGGGUUGGGUUUCUUCUCCCUUCCUACAUCCUCUCUCUUCUCUUUCUCUACACUUUCAUCUAAUGGCCGGCCUGAGAUGGAGAGAGUGGUGGAACACGAUGGCCUUCCCCACCCGGCGUAUCUGGAAUCGUUUCACCGUUCGCGUCGGGUUUCGACACAGCGGACUUUUGAGGUUAGAACAUGACGUGAGUUCUUGCGAGUAUGAAGACAUACACAUAAUGUGGAAUUUGUUACACAAGAAUGAAGAUCUUACACGCGUACCAAUCCAACAACAACAACAACAGAGGAAGAAACCUUGUUGGAAUCUUCUUGGUUCGUAUCUUUGCCAAAGAUUCUGAUCCGUUUUAUGAUAUAAACCAAACCAUUGUUGUAUUUGAGAGAGCCUUGACGGGUCCCUUGCAGUGUGGUGUGGUUUUAUUGACAAAUUUCGCAAAUAAUGAAUCCGAGGUUGCAGAGUUUUAAAUUAGCUGUUAUAUAUUCCAUUGCAUACCUCUAUGUACUUAUCAUCACAUGAGUGUUGUAUAUAUAUUACAAAAUGCUUUACAUAGUUUGAUACUACCUAUGUUCAUCUACUUGGUUUCAUUGAUCUUGCCUUUUCACAUAAGAAAACAGAACAAAUCUUAACUUAAAACUCCC